UGCCCGCCCGCCCGCGCCCGUGUGUGCACUGGCUCCACACAAAGCGCGCGAUGUGAGCGCGGACGGCCGGGUUGAGGCGCGCGCUCCCGCCCCGAACCGUCGUCCCCUCGGCUGGGCUGCGAUGACCGGGACGCGCUAAGGCUACGCGGCUACGGCUACGCGGCUACGGCUACGGGUGGCGCUGGCGCGGCGCCGGCGGGGAUCAUGGUCGAGCGGAGCAGCACGUUUCUGCUGAUCGUCGCGGGCUCCGUCUUCUUCAUGCUCAUCCUCUACCAGUACGUGGCCCCGGGGGUCAUGAACUUGGGCUCCCCGCACAGCUACCUGGUGGAGGACGACGCCGACAUGUUCCCGACGCCGGACCCGCAUUACGUCAAGAAGUACUAUUUCCCCGUGCGCGAGCUCGAGCGCUCCGUGGACUUCGAGAUCAAGGGCGAGGACGUGAUCGUGUUCCUGCACAUCCAGAAGACCGGCGGCACCACGUUCGGGAGACACCUGGUGCAGAACGUGCGCCUCGAGCUGCCCUGCGACUGCCGCCCGGGCCAGAAGAAGUGCACGUGCUACCGGCCCAACAGGAAGGAGACGUGGCUCUUCUCGCGCUUCUCCACGGGCUGGAGCUGCGGGCUGCACGCGGACUGGACCGAGCUCACCAACUGCGUGCCGGGGGUGCUCAACAAGAAGGAGAACAAGAUGAAGACCCGCAGGAAGUUCUACUACAUCACGCUGCUUCGGGACCCCGUGUCGCGCUACCUGAGCGAGUGGCGCCACGUCCAGCGCGGCGCCACCUGGAAGACCUCGCUGCACAUGUGCGACGGACGCACCCCCACCCCCGAGGAGCUGCCUUCCUGCUACGAGGGCACCGACUGGUCGGGCUGCACGCUGCAGCAGUUCAUGGACUGUCCCUACAACCUGGCCAACAACCGGCAGGUGCGCAUGCUGGCCGACCUCAGCCUCGUCGGCUGCUACAACAUGUCCUUCGUGCCCGAGAAGAAGCGCUCCCAGAUUCUGCUCGAGUCGGCCAAGAAGAACCUGCGCGACAUGGCCUUCUUCGGCCUCACCGAGUUCCAGCGCAAGACCCAGUACCUCUUCGAAAGGACCUUCCACCUGCGCUUCAUCCGGCCCUUCGUGCAGUACAACAGCACGCGGGCGGCCGGCGUGGACGUGGACAACGACACGGUGCUGCGCAUCGAGGAGCUCAACGAGCUCGACAUGCAGCUCUACGACUACGCCAAGGACCUCUUCCAGCAGCGCUACCAGUACAAGAGGCAGCUGGACCGCCGGGAGCAGCGGCUCACGCUGAAAGGGCGCCGGCGGGCCGAGCCCCCGAGGGAGGACGGAGGCGAGGACGCGGCGCGCCUGCCCACCGAGGACUACAUGAACCACAUAAUUAAUAAGUGGUAGCUCGCAGCUGGUGCGCGGGUGGGUGGGCGGGCGGAGCGCGAGAGGCGGGACGGACCGUCUCGGCGCCGCGGCUUCGUCCGGCGAGACGGACGCUCCCCCACGUCGGUCCCGCGGAGCCCUUCCGUCGGACCGUUACGGGAAGGAGACGGUGGUCCGGAACGUCGCGAGGCGGCCUUCCGGAACCGGGGCUCGGGGCCGACCGGCGCGCGGCGGCGGUGGCGCGGACCGCCUCUCGGAGGAGAGGAUCGUGGGAAACUCUUAAUAAUUUAAUUUAAAAAUGAAAACAAAAAAGCGCCGAUCGCUUCGAAAGGAAAACGCGUGGCGCGUCAAACGACAGUAUGCAAAGGAACAGGUCGUCGAUGGGCUUUGGGACUCGGUUUGGACAGGAGGGUUCCAUGUCAGCGGGACCCAGGUCCCUCAGAUACACUCUGAAUGUGAGUUAAUUUCUCCUCAGAUCGACAAAAAGAAACCUUUACUGGUCGUCCUCCGUUUCGCGUCGAUGGGUUCCUUUUAAACCACUUUUAAGCGCUCUGUGGAAAGAUGAUCCGGUCGUAGUCGUCCUGAAGUCCUCCGUGUCUCUGAAUAGGCGCGCUAAAGGUAAACUGCAGGUAAAUUAACAUGUUUUAGCAUAUAAAUAUAGACCCACCUUCAUUUUUACUUCCUUCGUAUUUGUAUUUUGACCUGUGUCACCCAAGUGGACUGCCUGGGAUGGAGCUCUGCGUAGUCGGUGGGUCCCUGCCGUUUGACCUUUGGAGAAACUGCCCCGUCAGACAACUGUCCUGAAAAGCAGGUGUUGUUUUCAUGUCCUUUAUGUGCUGUUUGUUUGUUUGUUUGUUUGUUUCGGUCCUGCUGUAGUAGUCGUCCGCAGUCGCCCUUCAUGAUGCUCACAGUGAGACAGGGAGCGUCUGUGAGGUUGUGUGUGUGCGCGCGCGUGUGUGUGCGCGCGUGUUCAAAAACGCCUCUCGUACCACGAGCCCAAGGCCGAGGUCACGACCCUUUGUCUUCUGUGAAGUGCCCAGGGUUCCGACGGGGUCGUCCACGGGGGGAGGGGGUCCCUUGCUUCACCGCUGUACCCGCAGUAUGAACUUUAUGAGAAAACUAAACGUAACUCUUCAAACGAGCUGAAAAACAGAAUCCGAACGUAAGGAUUUUAAAGAUAUGCAACUUUGUUUGUUAGAAAUUAGUUGCUGUCACACGUGGCUGAGUGUGUUUAUUCUUUUCUGGAAUUUGUAUCAAGGGUAUUCACUGACCUAGAAUUUAAUAUAAAAAUACGGAAAAGUGUUCUUCGAUUUGACUUUGUGGCUUAAAAAAUGUACAAAUGGACCAAUUGCUGUCGGAAUUUGUGUCACGUGACCAAGAUAGACCAAUCCUGUGGGGUCUCGCAGGUGAUGUCAUCUAAACGAAGGCCCUUCUUCCUCGCCGUCCCCCCGGCGUCGUCGUAGCGGCGAAGGAUCCGUGGGAUCAGGGAAGAGGCUCGUGACCCAGCAAGGGAGCGACGGCGCCUCCUUUGUGUCUCUCCGUUUAACGUCCUCGUGUUUCUUUUACACCGCUGUGGUUCUGUUCUCUUUUUCUUUCUUUUCCUUCUUCUCUCAUGCAGACUGAAUCGUCAAGCUGACAAUAAAGAGCGAUUUUUUUAAAAGAGGCUUUUCCUGUCUUGUCGUCCCCGCUUUCCUGUGUGGGAAGCAAACGUCCUCUUCCCGUCCCGUCCCGUCCCGGUUCCGCCGACACACCGUGCGC